AUGGAUGGUAAUGUUCACAUGAGUGGGCUAAUGAGCCGUCAUGAUGAUGAAGCCACAAGGACAUCCACCUCUGAAGGUCUGGAGGAAGGUGAGGUGGAAGGGGAGACUCUCCUUAUUGUUGAGUCUGAGGAUCAGGCCUCUGUGGAUUUAUCCCACGAUCAAAGCGGGGACUCUUUGAACAGUGAUGAAGGGGAUGCAUCCUGGAUGGAGGAGUUGUCCUACUACUGUGAGAAGUGUCAGAAGUGGAUACCAGCAAGUCAGUUGAGAGAACAACUCAGUUACCUCAAGGGAGAUAACUUUUUCAGGUUUACUUGCUCUGAUUGCUCAGAAGAUGGGAAAGAACAGUUUGAACGACUGAGACUGACAUGGCAGCAAGUUGUCAUGCUGGCAAUGUACAACUUGUCUCUGGAAGGAACUGGCCGUCAAGGGUAUUUUAGGUGGAAAGAAGAUAUAUGUGCUUUCAUUGAGAAACACUGGACUUUCUUACUAGGGAACAGGAAAAAGACUUCAACAUGGUGGAGCACUGUUGCUGGCUGUCUCUCUGUGGGAAGCCCCUUGUUUUUCCGCUCGGGGGCACAGGAAUUUGGAGAGCCGGGGUGGUGGAAACUUGUUCACAAUAAGCCUCCAACAAUGAAACCUGAGGGAGAAAAGCUGUCUGCAUCAGCACUGAAAGCCAAAGCUUCAAAACCACCUCUGGAUCCCAUCAUUACAGUGGAGGGGCUUCGGAAACGAGUGAGCCGCAACCCAGUGGAGUCAGCCAUGGAGCUGAAGGAGAAACGAUCUCGCACGCAGGAAGCCAAGGAUAUCAGGAGAGCACAGAAGGAGGCAGCUGGUUUCUUGGACCGAAGCACUUCCUCCACCCCUGUCAAAUUCACCAGCCGAGGCCGCCGUCCUGACCUGGUUCUGGAGAAGGGAGAGGUGAUUGACUUUUCCUCCUUGAGCUCCUCAGAUCGUACUCCUUUGACCAGCCCAUCUCCAUCUCCUUCACUGGACUUCUCUGCUCCUGGGACACCAGCCUCUCAUUCUGCCACUCCUAGCCUGCUCUCAGAAGCAGAUCUCAUCCCAGAUGUCAUGCCACCACAGGCCUUGUUUCAUGAUGAUGAGGAGAUGGAAGGUGACGGAGUCAUAGACCCAGGUAUCGAGUACCUGCCCCCACCCAGUGGGCCUGGGUCCAUGAUCACAAGCAGAAAGAAGGUGAAAACACCUGAGCAGAUCAAGCAGGAGGUAGAGAGUGAGGAGGAAAAAGCAGAAAGGAUGGAAGGUGACAGUGAAGAUGCUGAAGAUUCAAAUGCAGCCCUGCAGGGCAGGGGGCGAGACAAGAGGAAAACCCAGCUAGAGAAAGACAGUAAGCCCAAAGCACCAAAGCACACAUCUGUUAGCAUCUAUGAAGAAAAGCUGCUUCUAAAAAGACUGGAGGCCUGUCCCAAUGCUGUAAGCAUGACCCCAGAGGCUCGGAGGCUGAGGCGCAAGUUGAUAGUCCGACAGGCCAAGCGGGAAAGGGGGCUGCCACUCUUUGACCUGGACCAGGUUGUGAAUGCUGCGCUGCUCUUGGUUGAUGGGAUUUAUGGAGCUAAAGAAGGAAGUGUUUCCAGACCUCCUGCAGGCCAAGCGACAUACAGAACUACUAGCCAGGACUUCAGAAUCCUGGACAGGUACCAGACUGUGUUGCCUGCUAUGAAGGGAUAUCGGCAUCAGACAACAAAGUUCUUGUACCGACUGGUUGGCUCAGAAGAUCUAUUGACAGACCACAGUAUUGUCAGUCCUUACACAUCUCGUGUCCUCAAACCUUACAUCAGGCGUGAUUAUGAGACCAAGCCUCCUAAACUCCAGCUGCUGGCAGAAAUCCGGGCCCAUCUGUAUAAGAAUGAUCCGAACUGGAAGGCUGAGCCCGAAGCCCCCAUUGAUUACUGCUAUGUUCGCCCUAACCACAUCCCCACUAUAAACUCCAUGUGCCAUGAAUUCUUCUGGCCUGGGAUUGAUUUGUCUGAGUGCCUGCAGUAUCCAGAUUUCAGUGUUGUCGUCCUUUACAAAAAAGUCAUCAUCGCCUUUGGUUUCAUGGUGCCGGACGUGAAAUACAACGAGGCUUACAUCUCUUUUUUGUUCGUUCACCCUGAGUGGAGAAGAGCAGGGAUUGCAACUUUUAUGAUCUACCAUCUGAUUCAGACCUGCAUGGGCAAAGAUGUAACCCUUCACGUCUCUGCAAGCAACCCAGCUAUGCUGUUGUACCAAAAAUUUGGAUUUAAGACUGAAGAAUACAUUUUGGAUUUUUAUGACAAAUAUUACCCCUUAGACAGUAAGGAGUGUAAGCACGCCUUCUUUCUGAGAUUGCGACGAUGAUAAACACCAGGGCUAGGUACAGCUCUAUGCAAAACGUGAUCCGUUGAACGAAGAGUUACCAUGGCUUUCAGCUGAAGCCAUUGGCGGUUCUGCAGAGCUGAAGUGCCCUGAUGUAUUUAUUGCUAACAUCAACAAUGAUACAUUGUGUGCUGAAUAUGCCAGAGAUGAUUUAUGACCUGGAAUGGGGUGCCAAGGAAGAGGCCUCGAAAUAUGAACCAGGACACAGUUAAAACCAGUGGAAGGCUAGAAUUCUAGAGGGGAAAUUUCUUGUCCAUGAUUUUGGAGAGUCCCUUUGACAAAACCCGGGAGACAUCAGAGGGGCCAGACUUGACACAAAUUGUGUUGCAGUUUCGUUUCCCAGAUGUUAUUUAUGGAACAUGAAAAAUACCUAAACUCAGUUGCCCACAGGGAUUUUGUGAUUUAUGUUUUUGGGAACCAUAUCAUAGACGCAUGAAAGAAAAUACAGCCCCAGUCAAUGUAGCUGGACGCUGAUCCUGCAUAAGUUAGGAUGAGGUCAGGACAGCAACAUGAGAAUCAUUUCUUAGGUAUGAUAAAGAAUGUAAUGUCAAUAUGCUCCCCCAGAAAAGCGUUAGUGGAAGUGUCUUGCCCUACUCCUUAUCUUUGGCGUUUCCCCUCAUUGUGUGCCCCAUGUGAAGUCCUUGCGGUGCGUAUUGUUCUGUGUUCAGGAACAGAAUGUCAGGUAAGUUUGUAGCUAGGUGAGGUUGGAUACAAGAGCUGCCAAAUUAGCUCUCUGAAGUUCUGAAAUCCAUCCAUCAGUCCUUGAAGCCAUAAAUCAGCUCUAUAGAUACACCUCCAAUCAUGGGCUCAGCCUUGCCAGUUCUAGCAUCCUGGCCCUUGUGCUGUAGAUUCUGUGGUGAGAGGAAAUUGGGUACAGGAGACUGGGGAGAUGCGAAAUCUGAUCCUGGCUUUACAUAAUUCAUCUUUUUUAACUUUGAAGAAGCAGGGGCAAAGAUGAGGCAGUAAUGUUCCUCAGAAGCACCCACUCCAUGGCUCUAAAUGUGAUGGUAUAAGUGCAGAAACAGUUUGUGUAAAGAAGGAUGAGCAGCUUCCCUCACAAAGGGGACUCAUCCUUUUUGUCCACAGUUUGGCAGCUCUGUCUCGCCUGACUUUCCCUGCAGGUGAACAGUCACUUGACAGAUUGCCACAUCUACAACCUGCCAAACUCACAAACAGUCUACAUUUUGAAUGUGAGCUGCACCUACUGUGCAGUCUUAAUGUCAAGCCUGUGUAGCUGCAGAAAACACUUGGCCUUUUUUUUUUUUAUUUAAGCUCACCCUGUGUACAUUUCAGGUGCCUGACUAUAGUAGUAGUUGCCUUAAUGGAGUCUACAUUUUGAUAGCAACAAAGCAAUGGACACAACGUAUAUUUGUGUAGCCAGUGUUAAGUCUUCACUGAAACAAAAAUAUAAUUGUUACCAGAAAAAAAUGUAUGACUUUCAGCACCAUCUAAGAAUUGUUUUGCCCCAGCAUUCAUGCGCAUUUCCAAAUAUUUGAUGACUGUAUGUGAAAAUCUUUGAUGUUACAAAUGUUACGAGUUAGCUGUACUUGGAAAGGAAAAAACCUCUGUCUUUAUGAAUGAAAUUAAAGCCCACCUCUUGGACAAAUUCA